GCUCAACAACAGCAUACACAACAGCAACAACAGCACCAGUCAUUGCAAUCACAAACGCAUUCACUCGGAAAUGGAAACAGUGGAAAGGCUGGAGGAAACCCAUCAAUGGGGAACUCUGCAUCCCCCGGUGGCAUCGUUUCAGUUUCUAGCAAAUCUUCGGUCGAACCCAAACCGGUGGAGUGUAAUUUGUGCCAUCGGAAGUUCAAGAAUAUACCCGCCCUCAAUGGCCACAUGAGACUCCACGGAGGUUACUUCAAAAAGGAUGCUGAGAAUAAAAAGAGUGAAAAGAAGGAGGUUGUUGGACCGCCGUUGCAAACAGCUUCUGUUAGUGUUCGAGCUCUUAUAGAAGAAAAAAUUAUACAAAAAAGGACGACAGCAACGGAUGCUAAUUCAGUUCAGCAGCAACGUUCGAAUACAACGUUGUUCGGCAAUCAAAUAGCGGUGACCCCGAUAUUAAUGGAUGGCAAAUCGCAACAGCAGCCACAGCAACAUAUAGUCGGUAAGAUGAACUUUGCCAUACCGGCACCACCGCCUCUAGCCAGUAGUGAAAAGAUACGACGACUAUCCGAUGGUGAACAUUUUCGACAACCGAACGUCACUGUUACCGGUCACGUUACCUCCAUACAAAAACAACUGCAAGAGGCGCAAACUCAAGCGCAGGCACAAGCUCUUGCGGAUAUGAUACUGAAGGGUACGACAAAGAUAGCAGUGAAGCGUGUCACUUCAGAUCCUGGACAACGAGUCCAAUUAACUUACCAAACAACUGCGGUUCCAAAUAAUAUUCAAUCUCAACACCAACAAACAAACACGCAACAACAGUCUCAGCAGCAACAAACGACGAUUACAGAGAACUUCUCAAUGGCCGGUUAUCCAGAAGACGGCGGGUACUUUAGUCCAAGUCUACAAGACGAGGUUUUUCAGCAGGUGACAUCCGUAACGGAUAAUGUUAUGAUGCAUGCUUCCCAACUAGAUGCUAUGCAAUUUCAGGCAUCAAAUUUAUUGCAAGAUCAAACAACGAAUGAAGCACUCCAGGAUAUAAAUCUUGAAGAUCGUUUCUCUGCACAACAUACUGUAAAUCCAGACCUGCAGGCUCUCGUAAAUUCACCUCUACCUGACUCGUUAGCUGAAUUCAGUACUUAUGGGGCUAAUUAUAACGAAGGUUCACAUACUUUGCCAAGUCAGUCACCAUUACCAUCGCCGCUCACACGACACGAUAGCCCAAGCUUUACGUAUCCAACUCCACCAGCAAGCCAAGAAGGCCUACUCAGCGGUAGUCUACCAUUACUCAGUCCACAAGAAGAUAGUGACGCAGUACAUUCAGUGUCUUCGCCACUAUCGGCUGCUUUCUAUAGUACCAGUAUGUCUUCGGCUGCAGCUAUUGAAGAGGCCCUAAACGAAGUUCUUCCGGAUGAAACAGACGCCGCUGGAGCAGAUCUCUACGCAACAGGUUGUCCGAAUCCCCACUCACCAUUGCCGAGCCCCUUAUCGGCAACCCCAGCACCUUCCCCGCUUUCAUCUUUGCCGCCUUCCUCUGUCUCUUCACCCGGACCUGCUAGCUUUACAACCACUAAUUUUCCAAUGUCACCACAUCAUACACUCCAAAGCCAAAUGAUGCCCAAUUCGGAGGAUCCGUUACUUUCUUCAAGCCCGAAAGACUUUGGCACUACCAGGCGGAAGUUUGAGUUUCAAUCUUAUAAACUCAUUACCAAUCAGAAUCUUGUAGAUUUUGGAUUGAGUGAUGGAAGUGUAGCUGGUAUUGUUGUUGAUAAUAAUGGGGAGUUCAAACUAAUUCAGACAGCUGGUUUAAAGAAAACGAAUGUUUACGUACAUGCAAAUGCAUUGAGUCCAGUACCAACUUUUAGAAAAGAAAUUUGUCUAACUGGUUCGAAACACGAACAUGGGAACAUUAAUACUAAUAAUGUUCAUCUUAAUAUGGUUAAUGACCAGGGAAUAAAUAUACCGAGUCAAAUUUAUUCACAAACGCAAAUUCACCAGUCAUCAUUACAGCCAACGAUUAAUCCAGCAAAAUUUUUGACCCAAACAAAUCAAACAGUAAGGCCGAAUCUGAAGCAUAAAGUCUGUAAUAAUUUACCUAUGGCAAUCGAGCAUAUUAAAGAAGAAGAGUCACCAGAUGAUGAUAUAUUUCUGAGUCCAAGAAGCAUAUCACUAACAGCCUCCAGUAGUCCAUUACGCCAUCAUAAAAAACGACCUCGUCUCGACAUACCGUUACAUAACAAGGGUUCAUAUUUGUAUUCGUCGAGAUUGCGUCGAGCCUGUGAUCGACACUGGGACAGCAGUUACACACCGCCACCAAUCUUAGACCCAUCCAGAUCGGGAUCCGGCCUUUAUGCACGAUUACACCAAAAUGAAAAAGACCCUACGGAUUUUAGCUCAGAUGACUCCCAAGGAAAUGAUGGCCCACCACCAAGAAUUAAUAUUGGCACACGAUAUCAAGCAACGAUACCUCAAAUCGUGGAAAUCGAUAGCGAUAGACUCACUGCCGAACCUGAAAUGGACCAUCUUCUAUGGGAUCCGGGCAUAGAUAGUGCUCUUACUGAAACGGAACUGGAAAUGUAUCUUCAAUUUGCCUGCUGCGCUGCAGUUCCAGGUGGCGGCAGAAAUAAGGAGUAUGCUCUUCACCUUCUACAUAUGUGUAUGGGCAACAUUCGAAAAGCGAUGUUAAAACUAAUGCGACCUACUCCGGCGCUAACAUCAAAUCACCCAUUGCAUAGCUACGAAUGUCAAGAAUCCGAUCGCUGGACAUCUCACGAAAUGGAUUCUUUCUAUCAGAACUUACUAAAGUACAACAAAAAUUUUACUGCAAUUGCGUAUGAUAUUGGAACUAAGAAUACGAGACAGUGUAUACAAUUCUAUUACCUUUGGAAAAGACUAUGUCCUGAUGAAUAUAAAAGGUUACAAUUGCGUUAUGGCAAACCAAAACUUAAAUACGAAUAUGAAAGGGAUUGUAAGGAUACAAACGAAUUAUGCGAUGCAAUUGCUUCAGUAGCUGAUCUGGAUUUUAGUGAAGGAAAAUCUAUUCUUCAUAGAACUUUGAUGCAAACAACAAAUGAAAGGGAGAACUCUGCUACUUUAACGACUAGCGAAGGGGAAUUGCGACUUUUCGCAUAUGAUUGUCAAGAUAGCUUUAGUGGGAGCGUAACAGUAACGAUGGGUGGGAGCGCCCGAAUCACCAGCAAAGCCGGUAGCACUGCUGGCUAUCUCACAGUCGACCACACCAACUCACAAACUCACACUAGUACCGAGCAACAACUACCCGCGCCCACCCUACUUCACUACCCCUGCAAGAUUUGCGGGAAAGUAUUCAACAAAGUGAAAAGCAGAAGUGCACACAUGAAAUCUCAUCGACCUAUGCCUUCUCCCGAUUCAAUGGGUCAGGAAUCUAAAAAGUUACAUCAACAUCAAAUGCAGUAUCAACCGCAGCAACAGCAGCAACACCCGCUCCAACAUGAUAAUCAAGGCAUUCAAUCAAAUCAACACCAAUAUCAUCAUCAGCCGAGUAAUAUUCAAAUACAGUAUCAGCAACAGAAUACAUUGUUGAAUCAUACUCAUCAGUAUCACCGGCAACAGCAUCAACAUCAAGUGUCCUCGACGAAUUGUGAUAUUCAAACGAAUCAUGUAUGGCAUAAUCCUCCAAGACUUCGACCACCAUAGGAUGAAAUACGCAGUACAGCGACACUAAAGAUACCUUAACGAAAGCUAUUCAUUCGGAACCUCCGCGUAGAAAUCGUAUUAAUGAUAUGAAACAAUAUUAUCCGCUAAUACACUAUGUUGAGGCUCGUAAGCCAAUAGAGUGAGUAAAUUUCUAAAUAGAAAUAUAUGUUAAAAAAAA